UNACGAAUUCUCUGGUAUUCAAGGUAUACCUGCCUUACAUAAACUUCAUGAGCUAGCUAUUUGGCUGCGUAGCUCGUCAUUACAUGCUGAUAUCUGGGAUGAUCGUGUUGGCCUGCGACUUGGUAUUGAUAACCAAACACGAUGGUCAUCGUGGUAUAUGGUUAUAAAUAGAGCUCUUACAAAGCAAUCAGAAAUCAAAGCCUUCAUGACGGAUUAUGAAGAAGCCCUUAGUGGUAUACUUCUUACGGCUCAAGAUUGGGAUUUACUAUAUAAAGCCCAUAUCUUUCUACAGCCAUUUGUAUCAGCAACACUAUAUGCAGAAGGGGAUAAAUCAUCUAUCUCCCAAUCAUUGUUAUUAAUGGAUGCUCUCCUUGCCCAUUACGAGCGCAAUAAGCUAUACUAUUCUCAGGAAGACCAUCUUGAUCCUAGAAUGGUUCGCGCCAUUGAAAUGGGCUGGGUUGUUCUUGCUAAAUAUUACAAUAUGACUGAAGAAGUACCUGUUUAUACAGCUGCUCUUCUCCUCGAUCCCUCUCGUAGAGCAGCAUAUAUUCGAAAGAACUGGCCAGAUGCUUGGGUUCAGCCAGCUAUUAACGCUGCUACGCAACUCUGGGAAGAGAAUUUUAAGGUAGAAUCUAUUACAGAUGAUGACCUAUCUAUACCCUCAUCAAUACCACCACCGGAAGCCCCUCUAAGAACGCAUGGUAUUGAACUUGAUCUACUUCUUAAGGAUAUGGAAGUUAUUACAGCAGAUUUGAGGGAGGAUGAGUUCAAGAGCUUCAUCGAUUUACCACCGUUCCGUAUUGAUUGUAGUCCUCUUGAGUGGUGGGGUCGUGCAGAGCAGAAAUCGCGCUAUCCACGACUCCAUAGUAUGGCUAUAACGAUAUUAUCUAUCCCAGCAGAGUCAUCUGAGCCAGAGAGAGCCUUUUCUGGCUCUAGAAGGACAUGCUCAUGCGAUAGAUUAAGCCUCUCAUGUCUUAACAUUCAGAGAAUAGAAUGCAUUGGCAGCUGGAUACGAGAAGGCCAUAUUCGUCUCUCUAAGCUUAAUGGAAUGGGUCUGCCAAUGGAGGAUGCAGCAGAGGAUGAAGACGAUGAGCUACAGGGUGAGAUUCUGGAUGAAAUUGGGUGGAUUUAG